AUGGCGCCCACGCGGAUGAAACUGCGCGUGCGUCGCCGUGAUGCUGCAGGUCCAGGUCCAGCGAGGGCGGUGGUCGCGGCAGAGGACGCCUCGCCCGACUCCAAGUGCCCCAUCUGUCUGGACCGCUUCAACAACCUGGCGUACCUGGACCGAUGCCUGCACCGCUUCUGCUUCCCCUGCAUCCAGGAGUGGUCCCACAACAAGGCCGAGUGCCCGCUCUGCAAGCAGCCGUUCGCCUCCAUCUUGCACUCGGUCCGCGCCGAGGACGACUUCAAGGAGUACACGCUGCGGCCGCCGCCGGCCAACAGCAGCGUCGCCGCCACGGUGGCGAUGGUGGCGGCGAUGGCGUCAGCGGCAAGGAGCAACCAUCAAAUGAGGUUGAUGUUACGGAGACACCGGACGGCCGACGUCUCUCCCGUGGUGGCGGAGGACAGUGGAGAGGGAGAAGACCUGGACCAGCAGAGGACGAGGGGAGGAGCCGACCUGGCGGAGCGAGGGGUGAUCUUUGAGGGACUGACGGGCCUCGGGGGGGCGAGGACGCACAACGACCGGGCCACACGGCGGCUGAUGACCCGUCUGGCAACAAGGCAGCGGCUGCAGCGAGACGGUGGAACCGUGCGGCGUCUGAGGGAGAGAGAGACGGUGGCGUUCCGCCGCGCUCUCUACCGCUGUGGCAUACGGGUCCGUGGCGUGAACCAGGGGCAGCAGUGUGACAUCACAGCAGAGAGCUUCCGUCGGAACCCCGUCCACUUGAACAAACUUCGCCCCUGGCUGCGCCGGGAGCUCACGGUGCUCUACGGCGCUCACGGCACGCUGGUGGACAUAGUCCAACGCAUCAUCAUGGCCCAGCUCGCCCGCCACGGCCUGGAGGACUCGCCCACCAUCGAGGACGAGCUGCGUCCGUUCCUGUUGGCCCGCACCGACCACUUCCUGCACGAGCUGGUCAACUUCGCCCGCUCGCCACUCAGUCUGGAAAACUAUGACUUGCAGGCGGUGUAUGAGCCGCCGGCCGCCGCCCUGGAGCUGGACGGGAUGAGCAGCCCGUCCGACAGCAGCUCUGUCAUCGCCAUAUCAGAGGGCGAGGAGAACGAGGCUGGAGGAGGCUCAGAGGAUGUCUUCCAAACAAGCAGCUGCCUCAGUCUGACGGGUUGGGAUGACGAGACUCCAGGCCCCUCCUACUCCACUGCUGAGCCUUCCUGUUCGCUUGCCUCGCUAUCGUAUAGCCCCGCCCUACAAGAGGCAGCCAAUCAGGAGGGGGAGAAGGGGGAGGAGGAGUGUCUGAUAGUGGGAUACAAGAAGCCGAUCGCAGAGAGAACUCCUGAGCUGGUGCAGCUGUCAUCCGACUCCGAGAAUGAGGAGGGGAAGGAGAAGACGACGGAGAAGCUGCCUCCUCUCGCCACCACCCCUCCUCCUCUUUCUUACAUACCCACAAUCCCCCCCUCCACAUCUGCCGCCUUCCAGGAGGAGCCGGACGACAAGAAGAAGGAGAAAGAUGGCGAAGUGGGCGGGCGUUGUUCACGUGCACGUUCAUGGUCUGCCAGCUCUGGAAGGAGCCCGGAGACGGUGUGCACGCUCAGCCCCGGCGAGCGGCAGGAGGACAGCCGGAGAGACUGGAAGCAGUCCAGCAGUGAGACGGCCAAGGAGAAGGAGAAGGAGAAGAGGAAGAGGAGGAAGACGGGGCCGGACAGGAGCGGAACUCUGUGCAACCCAAACCGCUCCAUCUAUCCCGCCAUGAUGUGCCACCCCUCACAAUCCCCUUCACCGUUCCACUCAAGCGUAGAGUCCAGUUCUCCACCCGACUCCAGCUGUGAGUACCGCUGCUCCCCUCUCACCUCCUCCGCCUCCUCCCCAUCACACUCCUCCUCGGCCUUCUGCUUCUCCCCGCUGCUGUCGUCGCCCCUUCGGCAGACGCCGCCCUUGCUCUCCCCCGGCGACGCUCACCACAGAGACAAACCCGGCGGGAAGAGGAAGUACAAGAGCCGCCACCUAGACAGCAACGACCAGGACCCGACCUGGAGGCCCCUCAGUGGGAACCCUGGAGAGAAGCAGCGGGAGAGGAGGAGGAAAAGGGGGAGAGACGGUGGGAGGAGGAGAGAUACACAGAGGAGGGAGAGUGUUGGAAGUGACAGCCACAGCAAGAGGUACCGAGACGACCGCAGUCCCAGCGUGGAGAUCAUCUACGAGGGCACGAUCCUCUCCGACGCAGCGCACCCCCCCGCCAGGAAGCGCCGCAGGAAACGCCACCGGAAGACCCGACACAGCAGCUCUCCAGUCAUCAUCACCCUCGACAGUGACACCAGCCACGAUAAUGAGGUCAUCAACAGACCCGGUGGCGGCAGCAGCAGCAGCAGUCCCCUCAGCAGCCAGCAGACCGUCGACUUCUCCGACCUCCCUCCGCUCCCGUUGGUGCAUUCCGCCGGUGUGGGCGGGGCCUUGGAUGAGGAGAUCGGCGACCUGCCCGUGGACAUCCUGGACAGAGGGUCAGACGGGUCGGAGGCGGAGCCAGCGGGUCCCAUCCGCGUCGACAUCAGCAGCGAUCACGAUGUGGACGUGGAGAACGUGGAGGAGGGCGUGUCCCUGUCGGCGUGCCGCCCUCAGCCAACCGGAGACAACCGGUUCAUCCCCAUAACGACCGAUCAUCGCAAAAGAAGAUCUGACCUCUCGACCUCUGACACUCGUCUCCUAGCAGCCAUCCUCGACGACCUGGAGGGAAUCGCUGCUCCUACAUGUGACCUCUCUGUGACCUUUGAACCCGGUCGUUCACCCGACUCGAGGACAAAGCGUUUUCAGGAUCUGCACGAGGCUCGUUCGAAGCCGAGAGUUCCUGACGUCACUGAGCUGCCGCCGGGUCGUAAGUCCCCCCCGCCGCUGCCUCCUCUUCAGCAGAUGGACUUCAGGGUCGGAGAGGACGGGGGGCACGUCCCCCCGCUCCUCAGACAGGCCAGUCCGGUGCGAGCCCACAACAGAAACACGCCUCCACCAUUAAAACACAAAGAUGCAGGAAGUCCUCACCCGUCCCCAGCUGACCGCCUCUCGCCUCACUCCUCUGCUGACCGCCGAUCAAAUCCCGCUGCUGACGCCCGCUUGGCCCCUGAGGCCAUCGCCCCCAGUUCAGCCCUGAAGAAACAUUUCAAAAGCUCUCUGGCGUCGAGAGGAGUCGUGGCGCCUGACCCACCCGUCAGCGGCUGGUCCAAAGAGAAGCUGCCUCACAAUCACUCUACCUCCGGAGGCGAUCCCACUUUCAGGCCCGCCUCCUCUCGGGUGGCGCCCGCCGACUCCACAGUUUCCAGUAGUGGUGUUGCAGGAGACUUCCCAGCAGCUGCAGAGCGACUGACGGACAGGUUUUCAGUCGUCAGCCGCGGGGACACGUCACCACCUGUAGAUUUGCACUCUAUGAAUCCGUCUCCAGCCACUGACGGACACUUCAACCACGCAGCCUCACCCACGUCACCCAGAAAGUGUCUUUCUGAACCUCCGGUCGAGUCGCUCUCAAAACACUCAACUGAUUUAAACCAUCAGAACCACUUUGAUCCUGUGGACGCUCACAGGGACGAUGGCGUCACGUCCUCCCCACACAACCAGUGGAACUCUAACUCCUCCACUGACGCCCACUCGGACUCGUUCGCCCUUUGA